GCGAGUAACAACAGCAAACGAUGGCCUUACAUUUUCCGGCCCUCGCAUUCGUGCAGCCACCACUGAUCGCUAGUCUCCGUUUUCUAUCAUUCUCACUUCCUGCCUAGCUUACUACUCAGUAGUUGUGAGUAGCACAGGACAGACGGACUACAUGAUGCAGGAUUUCCGGCCCCUAUCAUCGGGAUCUUUGAAAGAUCUCGAGAUCCAACUUUCCGUUCUUUAUUGGAAACAUCCCCCACGAUCGCGAAAUCCGAAUGGAUACAGAUGCAAACAAUCUAUGGGUCCAUCUGUUUAUAUUUUCCCCUCUCAACUUACAUACCAUGCGAGAGAAAAAGAAACUUGUCAACCCUCUCUCCAAGGCCAGCGUGCAGCUGCCGCUAGAAGGAUGGACAUGGGACUCCACUCCAACCAAACCCACACCCACAAAAGUGCCAGAUCGCUCCGAGACCCAACCCACCAAACAAACCAUCGUAACUGCCAGGCAGUCCCCAAAAGCCAGGCAGGUCCCCCAAGGCUUGAUCGCUGCGGGCGCCAACUAGGACCGGGGGAUACCAUAAAAAGAGAGAGGAAAGAGAGGGGAGGUCGGGAGGGUUUCCUAGCAUCCAUGGCUGAUUAGUGCUGGACCACUGACGUUGGACAGACCUGGAUUGCUCCUGCGCCCAAGUGGCUAGCGCCAGACCAUCCUGGCCGUUGGAUCGUAACUCUAGGUGGGUCGGGAAAAGUGAAGGUGGGGGGAGGAAGAGGAGAGGGGAUUGAUGUUCGUGUUUCUUUGGUUGCGAUCCGCUCU